ACACCGGCUCUCGCGCGCACUACAACAACACGCAACGCCGAGCCGCGCGGACGGUCGCCGCCAUUUUUCCGCGGGAAAAAUUCGCGCCAAUUAGAUUAUGUGAAUUUGAAUUUCGAAUCGUUUCUUUUUCAAGUGUCAAAAUGCUUUUUGUGCUAGUUCUGUUUGUGUGUGCGUGGAACGCUGUUUACUGUCAAGAUGUAAACACAAUGAUGAAUAUGCCUAAAUACGACGCUAGAUAUGAUUACUUGGAUGUUGAUGCGUUGUUUAAUAGUAAGAGAUUAGUGAGGAACUAUGUGGACUGUUUAAUUAAUUCGCAACGGUGCACACCUGAAGGAAAAGCUUUGAAAAGGUUACUUCCAGAAGCAUUAAGAACGAAAUGUGUACGCUGCACAGAAAGGCAGAAGAGAACAGCAGUGAAAAUAAUCAAGAGACUUAAGACCGAGUAUCCAGAAGAGUGGGCCAAAUUGGCUACCAAAUGGGACCCGACUGGUGACUUUACAAGAUAUUUCGAAGUGUUUUUGGCGAAUGAACAAUUCAAUACCAUAACUGGAAACACUAAUGACAAUCCCAGUUCACCUUCACCGCAACCGCCGCCGCAGCCUAACGUGCUGUCAGUGCUACCGGCAACGCCAUCAACAUCGCGUGCGGUGCCGCUCACCAACCCCACCACUUUGCCAUUACCAACAUCGGCAACACCACCCAGACCUUUACUACUAAACAGGUUCUCAGAUGAUGGGGAGCUGAUGAUGAGUAGUCCAUCAUCAGCAGUGGCUACUCCCAGGCCCACUGCCCCACCCAUCAUCUCCCGAUCACCCACUACAAUGCGCACAAGACCAACACCAGUGGAUUGGUCAGCUGUAGGAUAUGAUUCAAAGCCGACGAUGUUCACACUCCGACCCGUCGACAACAACGAGGCAUACACAACAGCGAUUACUUUCAUCGAUCAAAUUGGCAACAAAAUUAUUCGUACAACCGAAUUCGUAGCAGACAUUUUGAAAAAUACCGUACGAGCUGUCGUUGGCUGAACACAAUAAGCCAGUAUAAUCUGUAUUAUAACAGAUUGUUGUCAAUUAUUUUGAUAGCAUAACUAUUUAUUUUAUUAUUAGUUUGCUAUGCUUUGGCUGAACGGCCCUUGCCUAUAAAUUAUUUAUUAAAUUACUCAAAGACGAUCAAGUAGCGUAAGGAAAAUA